AUGAGAGUUCGAAGACAACAACAGCCUUAUUGGCUCUGGAGCCACAAGCUCCGUGAAGCGAAACUAGACCUGAUACUCAAGCUUCUACAAGUGUCGACAGACGACCAAAUAACUGCCAAAAAGGCACAGUUCUACGGCAUACAACUCACACCUCUCGACUUCCACACUGGAGACACUUCACCCUCCGUGACACCUUGUUUCGCUCCCCGCGACGACGACCACAUACUCAUCAAGAAACGUCGGUGGAUGCUAGAAAAGAGCACUUUCUUCCGGUGCUUCCUCGGUCAAGGCGCCAACUGCCAAAACAAGACUGUGCGCCAGCGUGACGGUCUCCUACGAAGCGCGCUCAUCACAGCCUUCAAGGACUACCGGACCAUCGCCACUCGAAUUCGCAAUGUAGUCCCGGACUUGCUUUCAAUCGACAACGACAACUCCCUUGAUGGCUUGAUCCACCACAACGGCGAGAAAGCCAAGUUCCGACUACUGACUGCUCAUCGACUCCGAUCAAAAAACCAUCGGAUCCGUCAAAACCACCAGAUCAUCACUAUCUCCCCAAACGAGUACUCAGAUACUCUUCCGUCAAUCACCGAGCUCCAAGUUCUCGUCACCAUGAUGCGACAAGCCAUGGUCAACGAGAGAAAACUGGGCCAUUUCAGCGACUGCCGCAUGAGGCAUUGGCAAGAGAGAAUGCCCAAAUACGUCUUCCCAACACUGGUCACCACCAUCUACCGCGGAGGCUACGUCCGCGUUAUCUACGGCUACAUGGACGACUCACUCAAGAUUCAGUACACCGAGCCCCAGCAAGUGACAACCGAAAACUUCGAGCCAAUGAUGGAGAGACUUCUCCAGUGGAACAUGGCCGAAACCCAAGGCGAUCCUACUCGAGUCGUCACACUACCGCCCAUUCUCGAGGAGGAAGGAGAGGACCCGACAGUGCCACCCACCACAACCCCAAAAGCAAUGCAGUCGAACAACCAACAACCCAUCCACAUCAUGCACGCCUGUCACAAACAACGAUAUUCAAAGCCCUACCUCUACGAAUCCUUCACCCGAAGCGGCGUGGGCCGCUCCAAAUUCCACAACUGCGCCUUCAAUUCCUGCGCACUCAGAAAACCACGAAAGUCAACGAAAACCAAAGAAAACAUCGAUAGUUAG